UGGGCAUGCGGUUGCCAUGGUGAUGGGAGUUCUCCACAGUAUGUUGACAGACACUUGGAAAGUUUGUUUUUAAGCAGAGGCACAACCCUGGAUAUCUUAAGAUUUAAGAGGAGUUUUAUAAAUUAGCGAUAGUUAAGGUAUAAGAGCAGGGAGUGGGGUGUAGUAAACAUCUGUGGAGACGCCCAUCGUCUCAUAACGGAUCCAGAUUUGUAGCGGGGAAUUAACUGGCGGUUAAAACUUUGUGUCGAGUCACUGAGUCAACAGAAGGAACAACAGUAGUGACGACCGUUAAAACCAGUGUUUCACACCUGCACCGGAGCGAGUAAUUAUGAAAACCGCCGAAUACGAAAACAAAGAAAACAGGACACUCUUCUUAUAAGGUGCCAAAGAGACAACACAUCUCUGAGAUGGUGAAAAACAAAAAUAUUGGGGGGCAUUCCAAUCGCUCUUCCACAUGCAAGACAAAAAAAGCUAGCUCCAAGGUUGCAAACAGCAAAGACCUGACCCUUCUGGAUGACCCAGUCGACAGUGACAUCCCUGCUGUUCCUCCAGAGCUCCAGAUUACUGGCCAAGGUCAGCUGGGCCUCCCAGACAAAGUCUAUCUGCUGGCGUCAGCCAUUUUCCAGAAUAACCACCUGGAGAAGCCUGCUGCUCACCGGUUGGUGAGUUAUGGCAAGGAGAGAGGGGUCCCAUUACCUGAAGUCAAAGAUGAGGAGAUGCAACGUACUGCUUAUGAACUAGCCUUCAAUACUCUUAAAUAUCAAGAACUGCUGGAGGACAUCAUGAUUGACAGCUGCUUUUACCUCACUCAGCCAAUGCCAGAUGAUCAGAUGAGCCUCGUUGCAGUCAUGCUGCAUGACUUCCAGGACAGGAAGUUCCUCCCACGGGAGCGCCAAGGGGAUGAGAUCAUACAAGAAGUUAGAGAUGUGGAGAACUACCUCCUCAAGUUUAAAACCAAGCUGGCUGCCUCUCUGGCUCGCUGCAGGAUCAAACACGAUCUGGUGUCCAUUGAGUGUAUCCUGCCGGAGAGUGUGAAGACGAAGCAGGAGAGAUCAAGCAGCCUUCCACUUUACGCAUGGGUCAACACACUGAAGAGCAGUCUUGAUGAGGUCCAAGGUGUACUGAAGAGUGCAGGCUUCUCACAGGUGAAAUCGAUUGGGGAGCUAGAGGGCCAGACCUUCUGCCAGGAUCCCCACUGUGGGGAUAUACUGGUAUUCCCUGCUCAGCUGAAAGCUCAGCUGUACUCCACCAAACUGCUUAGCGACCACAAACUCAUCAUCCAGGAUAAGUCGUGCAGCCUGGGCCCAAAUGCAAUGUGUUCCGUGUCACCAGAGGAAGGAGAUGUUCUCAUGGUGGGCUGUUUCUCUGGCCUCACUGUUGCCCACACUGCCUCCCUAAUAGCUGAAAAACAUAAAGCCAACAGCAAAAGCCAGCCCACAGUUUACGUUUGUGUCAGCGAUCGUACAGACGCUCAGAGAGAAGAUCUACAGAAGGCUGUCUCCGCCAUGGGCUGCAAAAAUGUGAAGCUCAUACCCGAGGUCUUCCAGUCUUUGGACAGUAGUGACAAGCGACUUCAGAAGGUGCACAUCAUCGUGUUGACACCCAAGUGUUCUGUGUCUGCAGUCAGCAACCCGGUUGAAUACAUACUGCAAGAGAAUGGAGACACAGACCUGCUGCAGGACUUAUCCCAGGGCUCCAUAGCCCAGAGCAAACUGGAAGCUCUGGUGGCCCAGCAGAGGAAGGAUAUUGAUCAUGCCUUAAAGUUCCCCAAGGUUUUGGCAGUGGUGUACUCUACCUGUUCUUCAUACCCAGAGGAGAAUGAAGAGGUGGUGAACAGAGCCCUUGAACAAGCCAAGGCCCGCUCUGAGCAGGAGGGGGAACCAAAACAAGCAAACUUCAGGCUUAGUCCAUCCUUGUUCAAAUAUCCUGACAAUGCUGAGGGCCCAGAAGAAACAGACCCCUUCUUCAUGCUGGAGCCCUCAGAACAGAGUAAUGGCUGCUUCCUAGCUGUUCUCACCAGAGAGUCCGAGCCAGUGGUCACAGAGGCACCACAGGAAGUGCUGGCCAGAGCAAAUGCCAAAGGCAUACUGGACAGGAUCGGCUCCAACCAGCCAAUCAGAAAAGAGCACCAUGGACAUACCAACAGGAUGGCAAAGGCAGCCAUUAGUCGUGCCUCUCAGCCCCACAUUUCUGUCAGUCUUCAGUACAAACACCAAGAGACCAAGAGCAGCAGCAGUACUACACUGUGUGGACAUCAGGAAUUUACUAACAGGCGACAGUUAUCACAAGGAAAACCCAAAACACUGCGCUUGCAAACAAUAAAGAACCCUGUGUCCAGCCCGUUCUCUUCCUCCAAACAAGAAAGCUCCUGCUCCUCCUCUCCCAAACCAGAAAACAGCACACCCACUAAAAGUACCACCACUACCACCAAUCUGCGCUCCGCCCCUCCUCUUGCCACCCCUGUUGUCCGUCCUCGUAGAGCUCAACAGGAGGUGCUGAAGCCCGUGGUGCUCGUCCUGCCUCCCGUUCACUUCCCCAAUUUCUUCCCGCCCCAGCACAGCCGAACUGGAUUCAGCCCCAGCUUCAGCUACAGCAAGUGGAGGAACCCUAGUCAAACUGUACCCCUCUCCCGCUCCAGUGGUGGCCUCUCCAGGGACACUUUGAUGAAAUCCCGUCCUCUCUUCUGAGCUCAGAAAAACCAACAUAUGACAGAAGCAUUAACUUUUGUGCCAGGUGCUCACUUAAAUAAAGUCAGUAGUAUUUGAAUCUAACACCAACAGUGUUGUUCAGCUGCCAAAUUUCAUAGAGCAUGUGAAUGUAAGUCACCUUAAAUCUAGAGCCAUUAUUACUUGUCAUUAUUACAAAGUAAUUAUUACAGUGUCUUUGCAUUCCAUAAAGAACAACCUUGCCACAGUCAGAAUCUAAUCAAAUUCCAUAUUUAUAGGGCUGGGCCAAUGUCGUUUCAAUGUCACUUCAUGAUGAAUAGCUAUUACAUAGGAUUCCAAGUGACCUGAAAAAUGAAAGGACAUAUUCAAGAAAGCUGCUCCUUUUUCUUUUGGUAAUGCAUUUAUUGUCACAACAGAUUACAUUUACAUGGUGUAGAGAUGAGUGAAGAACAGAACUGAAAUGAUUUACAGCAUCUCUCUGUUUAUUUUGUGUAUGUGUGUGUUUGUUUGUGUUAUUCGUUUAGAUUGGACCGCAUUCACAGAGUUCAUGUCGAGUGCAGGUGGUGGCCCCGAGCCAUAGGAGCAGUGUAAAGGUUUUUGAUAGCAGUGACAGCAGACUUUUAUCCCGCUGUAUGUGCAUAUUUGUGUUUGUAUAUUUGUUUGUGAGUGGGCGUAGACCGUCUGGAUUUACUGAGGAAGAGAAAUGUAGUUAACCCUUACUGUAUGGCACAGAUAUUAUCUUUUCUAUGCUGCCCAAGCAGGUCGAAUGCUAUUGUACCACUGUUCAUAUAGCCACAAGCACAUCACAUCUGCCAAAGUUGGAGCCUGGAUCUGGAUUUUCUUGCUACUACAUAAAUCUUGGGUGUAUGCAUAAAGAUUCCUGAGGAAAUUGUAAUGUUUGAACAUAAGAAAUGUAACAUUCUUGAGCUUUGAAACAAAUUUUUUCCUCUAAUGUAUGCAAAAUCUAACUAAUUUUCAAAGCUUCAAAAUACAUUAAAAACUCUUACCUUUACUGAACAAGCCAUUCAUCAAGGAAUGGGAGGUAAAAAUUAUAAAAUGACAA